CUUUUUCAUGUUCUAAAUUCUUUUUCAAUAUUCUGUCCAAUUUCUUCAACGAUCGAGACAAAAUUUUCACCUUUUAUGAGAAAACCCUCGUCAAAAUCUGAAUGACUCUGAUCUCUGCACCGAAGAUUCCAGUUUUUUCUGGUGGUUAUGGAUCUUGAUAGGUGGUUCUCUUCUGCGUAUCCUCCAGAACCACUUGUGCACCCCUAUCUGUUGUCCCAAAUUAGUUCAUUUGUAGACAAUUCACUUCAGCAUUCGGGAUACCUUUACAUGUCUGGAAGUAUGGCAAUCCGAGAUGCUUUCAACUGUAUGUCAAAGUAUAGCAGCGCAAUGCUGUUGUGCUUUGCUGGCAAGUCAAAUUUUGAUAGUAAUCUCCGCUCACCAGGCGAGCCUUUUGGUUCAUAUACAAGAAGCUGUAAAUCUUAUGCACGAGUAAAUUACAUUGCCUCUGCAAGACAUAAUAUCUCAAUACUGGGCCGUACUUUCAGAUUAACAGGAAAAAGUUUUAUCCCUGUACUUUACAAGUUUACAAAUUCCAGUCUAGGAAAACUGUGCGAACACCCCCCGGGAGAGCUUCAGUCGAUUUCUAUGCUCUCAUUAGCUGCAGCUUUGGUACCAUCAUUAGACAAAGUGUCCAUGAAACCGGAGAAUGAGUUGUAUGUUCAGAUGGAAAAGGAAACUGCACAUAUGCAGGGUUGCACAGAUCAGAGUCCCAGCAAAGUUGAGCAUCAGGGAUGUGAUGAUAUUUGCUUCAAUGGAAAAAUAAAUGGUUCUAGACAUAUAGUGGAGCCAAGUACUGGCAUUGAGUUCCCGGCUAUAUUGGACGACUAUUCGGCCCAUGAGACCAACUAUACCGGGCUGUCAGAGGUUCUUGUUGGAACUGGAUCCAAAACGAUGAAAAUAAUUAAGAUCAAGUCUUUGAAGGUCUAUGCAUUUGGUUUCUAUGUACAUCCUUGUGAUGUAUGUGAGAAAUUGGGUUCAAGCUACUCUUCUAUCGCAGCUUGCGAAUUAGAUAAACGUCAUAGCCUCUAUCAGGAUCUUCUCAGGGAGGAUAUUGGCAUGACAGUUAGACUUGUGGUUAGUGUCAACGGGAUAAAAAUUAGUACAGUUAAAAAUGCUUUUGAAAAAUCCCUUCGAGCUCGAUUGAUGAAGACAAACCCCAACAAUGAUUUAGACUGCCUCAAAAAAUUUGGUUCUCUUUUCUCACAAGAUUAUCCUAUAUGCGCGGGAACAACUAUAUAUAUUAGGAGAACAGUGGAUGGUCAUUUAAUCACCGAAAUUGGAGGCCACCAGAUUGGAGCAGUUCAUAGCAGGGAUUUGUGUAGAGCUUUCUUUGACAUGUACAUAGGAGAUCUUCCGAUUUGUGCAGAAACAAAAGAUGAGAUAGGGAGAAAUGUGGCAACUAUAUUAGGACAUUGCUAAGCUAGUUUAUUUAGGUUCAGCCGAGCUGCACAUGCCACAGGGCACAUGCAUGAUAUAUGUUGCCAUGGACUCUGCUUGCUGCUGCUGGAGGAGUUGAGUUUAUCUUGUUCUGAUUUUUAAUUUAAUCCCGUUUAUCAAUUGUAACUGGUAUCAGUGGACAGUGGCUUAAUUUGCCGAGAAGAAGUAUGAAAGAUGUAACUUUGCUUCUUAG